GGCCACUCUUAAGUCGGCGCGUCAUCCAGUCAAGGUGGAGUCAGCAGGCGGCAACACAAGUGGGACUUCUUUUAGCAGAAAAAAAAUCUAUUUCUGUCCGGCACGACAUUUUUCAUGGGGAUGGAUAUUACACAUUGAAAGACCGAGGCGAAGCCAUGAUCUGCUGACUCCUCGGAUUAAGGAGCCGAGAUGACUCCGCUUGCGUCCUAGCGCCGAGAUGUCCAAAGGCCGGCCGAGCCCUUCCGCCCUCAUCCUGGACAUGGCCAACAAUCAGCGGUGCUCCCGAGUCAACGGCGCAUUGGACCGCAGCGCCAGGCCACGGGAUGAAGACACGCUGCGCUUUCUGAGCCCGGAGGAGAAGGAGUGUCUGCAGUUUUUUGAAGAGACCAUCGGAUCGCUGGAGAACAGCUUAGAGGAGGACGAGCUCAGGACCGGACUCAAGUCUCCGGCGAGCGGAAUCCUUCUCGCCAGCCAGAUGGAUGGGCGGCCCGGAACCCCAGAUCUCUACACCGUACACCCUCUAACAGCCAGACGUCUCAGCGCUAAAGAUCAGGAUAUUAUAGACCUGGUACGCCCAGAUCCGGACAUGAUGCUUGCCAAAUUCAAGCCUACCAGUCCAGAUUUCCAGAUGAUGGCAAUCGACCCUGAGAGCCACUUUGAAAUAAAACCCAGACACGACCCUCUGGACCACUACGAGACAGAAGGUCACGCCUACCAGCCGGCAGGCUCCGUCCCCACCCCGGUCCUUAUUGCCAAGAAGAUCGCUGAGAACCAGGCAGUGGGCGCACCCAACAACACUUCGGCUCUACUCCAACGCCAGCGGAGUCAGGAGGGUGGCGAAAGGUCACCAGACGCCACCAAGCAAGGUCCUCCGACCUUGGCCAAGCCUACCAGGUACCCGGCCAACAUCAGUCGGAUUCUCGGCAACAAAGAACUCCAGAAUCAGCCGCCGGUACCUAAUGUCAACCUCCAAGACAGGCGGGCACUGAUGCUAUCCAAUCUGCCGGGAGCGCCCCAGGCGCUCUCGCGAGACGAUUCCAAGCCAAACGUGGUGCACAAGUUGCGAAAUGCCCCCGCGCGCAGCCUUUCCUUCAAGGACCCCACACCCGAGAAAACCAGGAUGGAAGCGCUGUCUAAGCUGGGCCUGGCCAGGGACAGGGACAGAGACAUGUCAGGAGGCCCGCCGGUCCACGACACUGUCGACAGCGUGGCGCCGAGUCCUAGCCCAAGUCCACAGACCGCUGUCACUAGUUCUUUGGAAUCCAGGCUUCGCCUAACAGAGACGACGGGUAUCCGUGCGCUCGACUCCAAGGUUCCGGCAUCUCCGCAGAGCGUCUUGUCUGUCAUGAAGACAGAGGGCGGUCUGUCUUUGGAGCCCCACAGAAAGGCUCCAGUGAGCCCACCUCAGUCAGACAUCAUAUCGCCAGAAUUGAACAGCUUUGGGGGGAAAUCCAUCGUGGUGGCUCCAGGUCGCCCCAAGAAGGAACCCGGGGGGGCGAGCUCCGAAGCCAAAGCCCUUCCUUCGGCGCUGGCCAACCUCAGUGAGUUCAACAACUAUGGAGGAAAGUCCAAAGUUCUGAACCCCGCGAUCGCCAGGAGCGACCUUCCCGACAUCCUCAGCUCCCACAUUGACGUGAAUGCAAAGCCGCCCGUCAACGUUCAGCCCCUACCGGCCGAGCUCAACAGCUACGGGGGCAAGAGCCGCACCAUCAACCCCUCCGUCGGGAUACAGCGCCGCGCCGACGGUCAGACCGGGGCUUCCAAAGGCCCGGCUCCGACGCCGGCGCCCAGAACCCCUCACGUGGCGGCUAGCGCGGACGCCAGGCGAAGAGCCGCUGCUCCCAUGUUUCGUCCCCAAGGUAUCACCGUGCAGUUUUCCGGCCGGGGGGCGACCGAAGAAUCUCGCAAGCAAGCGCUGAAGAAACUCGGGCUGCUGAAAGAGUCGGGCUGAAAGGUUAAGGUGCGGCUAAUUACUCGGAGAAAGAAGACAGACCUGCACGGCCAGUUCUCCUUUCUUGGCAAUUGAAAAAGUGCCGCUGAUGUUUGCAAAGGGAACGUCCAUUUUUACCGACAAACUUUUAGUCAAAUGGUUGGGCGGGGGGGGGAAGUAUACGUGGUUGUAGGGCAAAAGGCUUUUUUGGAGACUUAUUUUUACUCAGUGGCCCAGCCGCUGACACUGACCACAAACUCUGGAAUGGGAUUUUCACUCUGCGUUGGGCUGCAGGGAGGACCACGGCAUUGUACUGAGCGGACCCAACCGCAGUGUCUGCAAAUAUCUUUUCAUUGCUACCGGCUAAUUGGCAGUUUCGGACCAUGCCGAUCCAUAUUUAUGUUUGCGCGCGUGUGUGUGUGUGCGUUUUCAGACUCCGGCUCCUGUAGUUAAGCUACAGUAACUUAUGAAGUAUAUUUCGCGACGUGAUGGUUCCACAGUGUUACUGCUGUUGGAAAAACAUCUCGUGAAUGUUGUUUACAGACUCCGGUUUUCUCUGUAGCCCAUCUACAGUUCCUAUGAAGUGUUUCCUCUACUGUACUUGACCAGUCAAGAGUCCCAACUUAUGGUGUGUACAAAAUGAUGGAUCAACAAAGACGGUGUUGAAUGUGUGCGCCGUCCGUGUGUUUGUGUGUGCGUGUGGCAAUCAUUAAAGCCAAUCAUGAGACUGC